AGUGAGAAAACAGCAAGAAAAAACACUCGCUACUCUUUAUUUUUCUACCCUUUUCUCUCCUUUUGAGACUCAAUUGAACUGUGCUUUUUUCUCUGUUUCCCGCAUCAAAGAUUCUCUCCCUUUCAAAUCACAAAAGAAAAACAAAACAAUAAUAAAAGAAGAUAUUGAGUGGGAGAUAGAGAAAGGAACAACCCCAGCUCAUGCAUAUAUUCUUCAACCUAAACCACUUCUGUUUUCAGAUAUGGAGGAACCAAAGAAAGAAAGAGAAAAAAGAAAAAAGAAAAAAGAAAUCCAUUAUAUAAAGAGAGCUGCUACUUCCAUGUAUUGAAGCAGAUGUGAGAAAACAAAAUCGAUGUUCUUAUAUGAUCUGGCAAGCUUUUAAUCCUGAUUGAUAUUGGUUUUCAGAGAAUGAUGAACAACCCAAUUGAGAAUGGGUUUUCUUUGGUUCAUGGAGAAAGAGACAUGGGAUUGGUUCUAUCCGCUGAUGCUAAGCCCAGGCUCAAAUGGACUCCAGAGCUUCACCUGAGGUUCGUCGACGCAGUUUCUCAGCUCGGAGGUGCUGACAAGGCGACUCCUAAAGCUGUGAUGAGGGUGAUGGGAGUCCCUGGACUAACAUUAUACCACCUAAAGAGUCAUUUGCAGAAGUAUAGGCUAGGUAAGAAUCAACAAUCCGGAACCUGCAACGAGGACAAGAAAGAAGAAGAUCACACAGUCGCAGAUUACAGAAACACAGAGACUAGAGGAGUCGAAAUCAACGGUGAUGACAUGGGAAGAAGCCACAUGCAGAUUAACGAAAGCUUGCAGCUUUCUGAAGCUCUGCAGAUGCAAAUGGAGGUGCAGAAGAAACUUCAUGAACAGAUUGAGGUACAGAGACACCUGCAGCUCAGAAUCGAAGCGCAAGGGAAGUAUUUACAAUCGGUAUUGAAGAAAGCGCAGGAAACACUUGCUAGGUAUAAUUCAUCUUCUGUUGGACCAGAAGCCGCAAAAGCAGAACUCUUGCAAUUGGUUUCCAUGGUCGACGUUGAAUGCCCGAGCUCUUCAUUUUCUGAACUAACAGAAAUGUCUGAAGUACGAUUGCAAGGAAAGAGAUGUAUCCCUCACCAAUCUCAGUUUACAGAGUGCUCCAUGGAUAGCUGCUUAACAUCUUCAGAAAGCUCAGAAAGAAAGGAUGAAAAACUGCAGAAGUUCCAGGCUAAUUGGAAGGAUGAUACCGAGCAUAGACCGACUUCCACACUUCCAUCAACAGAAAUCAAUCCAAAUAAAAGUAGCCCGAGGAAGAUCCGAGUGAGCCAUCGAGCUGUGGGAGAUAAAAGGACUCAUAAUAACAUAUCUGGUGACGAUUGGAUCGACCAAUCAUCGACAGGACCACCCCAUCAAGAGAAUUCAGAUGAGCAGUCGAAAAAGUUAAGAAUAUUGGAAGAACUCGAUCUGAAUAGCAAAUAUCAGUGUGAAUUUGAUUCAAGCCGGCAAGAACUAGACUUGAAUUGUUGCAAUUGAGAUGUGUCAUUUGUUCAAGGUCUCCUCUCAGGAUGACAUAUCAGUAGGCCUUGGGCUUCACAUGGCAUGGACUCUCUCAGUUAUCAGAAACUGCUAUUUUGUUUAUAUUGUGGCAUAUGGAUCUAAAGCCAGGAAAUUAAUACAUGUAUUAAAGAGGAUUGGGUUUUCCAAUUCAACUAGAUUUCAUCAUAAAAUACCUUUAUAUCUUACUAAUAAUAGAUAUUUAAAAAGUAUAUAUGAAUUUGAUAUGUC